AUGUCCGACAACUCGCACAUUGACCAUUCCGCCCCCCUCCUACCGCCGGGCCAUCGCCCCUCACCGUCCAUAACCCGACGCGCCCUCCGCCACGUCCACCAUCUCCGCCGCAAAGGCAGAGUCCUCCUCGCGUCCCGCAAGAAGCACUUUCUCGUCAUGUUCAUCGUCAUGCUCGACGUAAUGGCGCUGCUGGCCAACGUCUUCAUCCAGCUAAUCGCCUGUGAAAUGCAUCAAAGCGACGAGGAGUGGGUGGUGCAAAUAAGGGAAACCUUGGAGACGGCGGCUCUGGUGUUCAGCAGCUUGUUCAUGGUUGAGUUGGCCGCUUGUUUGUUCUCAUUUGGCCUAGAAUUUCUUGCUUCGUGGUUUCACGUCUUUGACUCUGCCGUUAUUGUGGUGAGCUUUGUUAUUGAUAUUGCUUCCCAGGGUCUUGCCGAGUCUAUUGGUUCCCUUGUUGUGGUGCUGCGUUUGUGGAGACUGGCCAAGAUAUCCGAGGAAGUUGUCCUGGGGGCGACGGAAAGAAUGGAAAUGUUAGAGCAGCAGAUAGAGGAGCUGGAGCAUGAGAAUACCGCCCUGAGGUUGCAGUUGGGUUUGGAAUCCCACGAGCAUUCCAGUCACGAGUAG